UCAAGAUCACGUGAUUAGCAAACAAACAUGGCGCAGAAGCUUGUUUCUUUUGGCACGAAAUUGGCCACUUCUUCCAGCCGCCUCGUCUUCAAAUCACUUGAAAAGAGUCAAGACCUAGCCAAUAGAUCGCGUCCCCAUUUAAAGAAGUUUUGGAGUCUUGCUAGAGUUGAGUUAGAUCCUCCUCGUCCGUCCCAAUGGCCCGAGAUACAACGAGGGCUUGCAAAAGUAGCACAUACAGCAAGAACAGGUGCUUUCCUUAAUAAGCCAAUGAAGGAGGUUGUACAGCAAAGUCUCGUAGGGUUUGAUAUUUUCUGUUGGUUUAUUGUCGGGGAGAUGAUAGGACGAUGGAGUAUCAUAGGAUACAACGUUUAGGCCAUUCAACAAAACACGUUACUCUAUUAUUAAUUAAUUAUGUAGCUCUCAUUAUGUAUUAAAUUAAUAACUAAUAAUUAGCAAUUAUUAUUAUUGUGAUUACAAAGUACAAUUUCUCGACUGCCCAGCAGUGCAAGG